AUGUAGCGCCGCGGCGCGGGCCGGCAGCUCUCCGAGGGUCCGGAGCAUAGCGGAACCAUGCAGUACCCGCACCCGGGGCAGGCAGCUGCGGGCGCCGUGGGGGUGCCGCUGUACGCGCCCACGCCGCUGCUGCAGCCCGCGCACCCGACGCCGUUCUACAUCGAGGACAUCCUGGGCCGCGGGCCCGCCGCGCCCACUCCCACUCCCACGCUGCCGUCCCCCAACUCCUCCUUCACGAGCCUCGUGUCCUCCUACCGGACCCCGGUGUACGAGCCCACGCCGAUCCACCCCGCCUUCUCACACCACUCCGCUGCCGCGCUGGCCGCCGCCUACGGACCCGGCGGUUUCGGGGGCCCUCUGUACCCUUUUCCGCGGACGGUGAACGACUACACGCACGCCUUACUCCGCCACGACCCCCUGGGCAAACCGCUGCUCUGGAGCCCUUUCCUGCAGAGGCCCCUGCAUAAAAGGAAAGGAGGCCAAGUGAGGUUUUCCAACGACCAGACUAUCGAGCUGGAGAAGAAGUUUGAGACCCAGAAAUACCUCUCCCCGCCUGAGAGGAAACGUCUGGCCAAGAUGUUGCAACUUAGCGAGAGACAGGUCAAAACCUGGUUUCAGAAUCGACGUGCUAAAUGGCGAAGACUAAAACAGGAGAACCCUCAAAGUAAUAAAAAAGAAGAACUGGAAAGUUUGGACGAUCCCUGUGAUCAGAGGCAAGACCUGCCCAGUGAGCAGAAUAAAGGUGCUUUGGAUAGCUCUCGGUGUUCGCCUUCCCCUGCCUCCCAGGAGGACCUUGAAUCAGAGAUUUCAGAGGAUUCUGAUCAGGAAGUGGACAUUGAGGGCGAUAAAAGCUACUUUAAUGCUGGAUGAUGACCAUUGACAUUGGCACAUUCAGAAAACUGGACUGGAAGUAAUAUUUGCAACAGAAAAAUGUCUGUAUACACCUGGAAAACUAUAUCAAAAAGGGAAUCAAUUUUCUGCUGUUCUGGAAACCUAAAAUAUUGGAUGCACUGGCUAAAUAACAAACACAUUGAAACCUUAAUUUUGACUUAAGGAAUAGUUUAUAUAUUGAUUUUAGGUUGUACGAUAUGGAGAUUUUUCACUGAUUAAACUUACCCCCUUUUUUAAAAAGUAAACUUUUUUUUUCUAUUUAUAAAAAGUAAUUUUGAACUUUUUGGUUAAAUUUUUAAAUUAUAACUUUAAAGAUUUUAAUAGGCUCUUCUUGGAUAACUCUUUUAUAAUCUUUAUUCACUUAAUGGAAGACCAAAAGGUACCCCAAAUCCAGAGGUAUGCCUUUGAAAGGGAGCCCACAUUUCAGUCCUGGAAUAUUUUAAAAGGAAAUGUUCUUUACUUUUGUAUUAUGUUCUUAUACUGCUGCCUUAAAUCCAUAAAGCAGAUAAGAGCUCCUCUCCAGGGUGAGUGUGUGCCUUGUGUUAGAUAUAAUUGAUAAUUUUAAAAAUGCUUGUUUUUUGUGCUAUCACUUAGUACCUGUUUGACUAAGGUGUUAAGGAUAGUGCUGCCCAAUUCAAGCAGAGAAACUGACUAAAAUUAACCUGGAGAUAGCAAGUUAAUUAAAUGUAAGUAGAUUGUGGAUAUUGUGUUUUAUAUCAAAAUGUUUAUAAUGUAUAUAUAUGUAAUUGUUCAUUGUAAAAAAAGUUGCUGAAAUAGUGUUUUGUUUUUUAAAUGCGUAAACUGCCUAUAAAAUAAAUCUGUC